AUGGCUCGGACUAUGUUUGUGAAUCCCUUCAAGGCCCACCACGUCGACGAGUUCCCGGGUGUUCAUGUGCCUCUUGAUGAUUCAACCCAUCGCGCUUCUGUAGCUUCCACUCACCCACGCGCCUCCCUCGGAAAUUCAGAGAAAGCCAAAGACGAUGAGCCCAACGACCUUAGGCGACCUGAAAGUAAUGCAUCAAGUGGUGUUGUUAACCAUGGCAUGACAGUCGCAGCACUAAAGGCAGAGAUUGAAGCAGAUGUCGCCGCCUCAGACACCGACACGCCAUAUGACCGAAAGUCCAAGGUCAUCAACAGAGCUUUGCAAGACAUGGGAAUGGGUCGCUACCAAUGGCAGCUUUUCGCUCUUUGUGGUGGCGGUUGGAUGGCCGACAACUUGUGGCUGCAGGGUGUCGCUCUAACACUGCCUCAACUUAGCGCUGAGUUUGGUGUCAGCGAAACGGAAGUCCGAUACACCACACUAUCGCUGUUCCUCGGUCUCUGCAUUGGCGCGUCUUUCUGGGGUACCGCGUCCGAUAUCAUUGGCCGCCGUCUCGCUUUCAACUUCACUCUUUUCCUCGCCGGUGUCUUCGGUCUUGCUUCAGGCGGCGGACCCAACUGGAUUGGCACGUGCGCACUGUACGCAUGUAUCGGUCUCGGUGUUGGUGGAAACCUUCCAGUCGAUGGCGCUUUGUUCCUCGAGUUCCUGCCCCAAACAUCCGGAAACCUCUUGACGCUACUUUCCGUUUUCUGGCCUGUUGGUAAUUUGAUCGCUUCGCUGCUGGCCUGGGCUUUCAUUCCCAACUUCUCAUGCCCUUCUGGUACUCCGAUUGGGCAGUGCAGCAAGGCCGACAACUGGGGCUGGCGAUACCUCAUCUUGACUCUCGGUGCGAUCACGUUCUUCAUGUUCAUCUGCCGCUUCUUCCUCUUCCAUCUUUACGAAUCGCCCAAGUUCCUGUUGUCUCGUGGUCGCCAGGCUGAGGCCGUCGCUACCGUCUACGGUAUUGCGCACUACAACAAGACGCACACCUGGCUCACCGAGGACAUCCUCAACCAAAUCGGCGGCGACCAAGAAGUCACCCAAGAAGAUGCGAAGCUCAGCGUUUUCGAGAUUAUCAAGCGCUCCCUUAGCCGAUUCUCGAUGAAGCGCUUCAAGACAUUGUUCCAGGAUAAGAAGAUCGGUCUCACCACUGCCCUUUUGUGGUUCCAAUGGACGACUAUCGGUAUGGCAUAUCCGCUUUUCAACGCUUUCCUCCCACAGUAUCUUGCCAACUCUGGUGGUGAUGUUCAGAACGACACCAGCACCGUGUACCGCAACUACGCCAUUACUGCCAUUGUCGGUGUUCCUGGAUCGAUCAUCGCUUGCUACACCGUCGAUAUCAAGUACGUUGGUCGCAAGGGUACCAUGGCCAUCGCAACCGUCAUCACCGGUGUCUUCGUGUUCCUGUUCACCAUCUCGUCCGACUCCGACUUCCAGCUCGCUUUCACCUGUCUCGAAGCUUUCUUCCAGAACAUCAUGUAUGGUGUUCUGUACGCGUACACACCUGAAGUCUUCCCUGCACCUAUCCGUGGCACUGGCACUGGCAUGAGCAGUUUCUUGAACCGCGUUGCUGGACUAUGCGCACCGAUUGUUGCUAUCCAGGCUGGUGACAGCAACCCCAAGGCCCCCAUCUACGCCAGCGGUGGAUUAUUCAUUGCGGCGUUCUUCAGUAUGCUGAUAUUGCCGAUUGAGACAAGAGGCAAGCAGACUUUGUAG